AUGACGGCGUCGUUCAUUCUGGGUUUCACGGCCGCGGCCAUUGUGCUGCAGGUCAUUCGUAUGAUCGUGAACUCGUGGCAACAGUCGCGCCAUGCCAAAAGUCUGGGCUGUGGCAGCGUGCCACUGUAUCCCUGCAAGGAUCCCUUUGGGAUCAACAACCUGAAACAGUCUCUGGCGGCCGACAAGGAGAAUCUGGUACCAGAGCUGGCUGAGAAGCGCAUCAACGUGAUCAGUGAACAGGAGAACCGCUACGUCACCACCUUUUCUAUCCGCAACUUGGGCCGCACACACCUCUUCACCAUCGACCCCAAGAACAUCCAAGCUCUUCUGGCGACUCAGUUCAAGGACUUUGAGCUCGGUUCCGUUCGCCGGGAUAGCAUGCACCCGCUGCUCGGUACUGGUAUCUUCACCGCCGACGGAGAAGAAUGGACCCGCUCCCGUGGCCUGCUGCGACCUCAAUUUACCCGUGAACAAAUCAGUCAGUUGGAUUUGGAAGAGGAGCAUGUCCAAAAGGCCAUGCAGGCGUUGCCCGUCGCGGCCAACGGCUGGACCGCCACCACCGACAUCCAAUCCAUCUUCUUCCGUUUGACCAUCGACUCCGCGACUGAGUUCCUCUUCGGAGAAAGUGUCGAGAGCCAACUCGGCGCCCUCCACAACCGCAACAGACCCGAAGACUCCUUCGCCGCAUACUUCGAUAAAUCACAAUGGGUCUGCGCGCAGCGCUCUCGCUUCGAGAAACUCGCAUUCCUCGCCGAGAACAAGGAAACCAAGCACUCUGACAAGCAGGUUCACGCCUUUGUGGACAAAGUGGUCUCCAACGCCUUAUCUGCAACCUCCGAAAAGAAGCCCGAGGAUAGCUCCUACGUCUUCCUCGAGGCCCUCCUCCAAGUGACCCGCGAUCCAAUCGAGCUCCGCUCCCAACUCCUCAACAUCCUCCUCGCAGGUCGCGACACUACCGCCUCCCUCCUCAGCUGGACAACACUCAUGCUAGCCCGCAACCCAGAAGUCUUCGCCAAGCUCCGCGAAACAAUCAUCUCCACCUUCGGCACCUACUCCAACACCCAGAACAUCACCUUCGCCGCCCUCAAAUCCUGCCAGUACCUGCAGUACGUGAUGAACGAGGUUCUGCGUCUGUACCCAGUUGUCCCAUUCAACCGCCGCAACGCAACCCGCGACACCACAAUUCCCCGCGGCGGCGGCCCAGAAGGCCUAGACCCCGUCUUCGUUCGCAAGGGACAGUCCGUCAUCUACACCACACAUGUCAUGCAGCGCCGGAAGGACCUGUGGGGACCUGAUGCGGACCAAUUCAAGCCCGAUCGCUGGACGAACCGCAAGGCUGGCUGGGAAUAUAUUCCUUUCAAUGGCGGGCCGCGUAUCUGUAUCGGGCAGCAGUUUGCGCUCACAGAGGCGGGAUACGUGCUUGUUCGACUUUUGCAGCGCUUCGAUCAAAUUGAGGAUGUUUAUCCUGAUCAGAAGAUUCGGUAUGGUCUCACUUUGACCAGUGCGCCCGCUGAUAAGGUUACUGUGCGUAUGCACCAGGCUGAAGAUGCCUAA